AGCGAGCUGUGGAAGUUGGCAAGAUGGCCUCUCGUCUCGGCGCCUGCUUGCGCAAGAUUUCUCCCUCUAUCCUGUCUGGCUUUCAAACACCUAGCUUAAACUAUGGAGGAACAUUAUAUUUUGCACGAGGGGCAGGGAGGUGGGAACUGGACAAGGAGUAUUGGGACAAGUACAAUCGCCCAGUCAUGUACCCCGAUGAGGUGACGUCCCAGUGGACAUCACCUCCCUGGAACCCUAACUCGAUGGUGACAGAAAAGACUGUGCAGAACAUUACCCUGAACUUUGGCCCUCAACAUCCUGCUGCUCAUGGUGUCUUAAGACUGGUCCUUACACUGGAUGGAGAGACAAUCGUGCGAGCUGACCCUCACAUUGGCCUGUUACACAGAGGGACGGAGAAGUUGAUAGAGUACAAGACAUAUACCCAGGCACUGCCAUACUUUGACCGGCUGGACUAUGUAUCCAUGAUGUGUAAUGAACAGGCGUACUCUCUAGCUGUGGAGAAGCUCCUGAACAUCGAAGUCCCCGAGAGAGCCAAGUGGAUCAGGACCUUGUUUGGUGAGAUCACCAGAAUCCUGAACCAUAUCAUGGCUGUAGGAACCCAUGCCCUAGACAUAGGAGCGAUGACACCCUUUUUUUGGCUUUUUGAAGAGAGAGAAAAGAUGAUGGAGUUUUAUGAGCGUGUGUCAGGAGCUCGUAUGCACGCAGCUUACGUGCGACCCGGAGGUGUCUCACAGGACAUGCCGCUAGGGCUGAUGGAUGAUAUUUAUGAUUUUGUGAAGAAGUUUGGUCAGCGAUUAGAUGAGGUUGACGAUGUACUUACUGAAAACAGAAUCUGGAAAGCAAGGACUAUUGACAUUGGAAUUGUGUCUGCUGAGGAUGCCCUUAACUAUGGAUUCAGUGGAGUCAUGCUAAGAGGGUCAGGUAUAAAAUGGGACCUGAGGAAGACACAGCCAUAUGAUGCCUAUGACAAGGUAGAAUUCGAUGUUCCUAUUGGGAAGAAAGGAGACUGUUACGACAGAUACUUGAUAAGGAUGGAGGAAAUGAGACAGAGUUUACGGAUUAUCCUUGAGUGUCUUAACAAGAUGCCAGAAGGGGAGAUCAAAGUGGAUGACAACAAAGUGGUACCCCCGAGCAGAGCCGAGAUGAAGGAAUCUAUGGAAGCUCUGAUCCACCACUUCAAGCUUUAUUCUGAGGGCUAUCAGGUGCCUCCUGGAGCAACAUACACGGCCAUUGAGGCCCCCAAGGGAGAAUUUGGUGUGUACUUAGUGUCAGAUGGCACAAACAAACCCUAUCGAUGUAAGAUCAAGGCUCCAGGAUUUGCUCAUCUGGCUGGUCUUCACAAGGUGUCAAAAGGUCUCAUGUUGGCAGAUGUGGUGGCCAUUAUAGGAACAUUGGAUAUAGUAUUUGGGGAAGUGGAUCGAUAGUACUGCCUGGUGAGGUUUUGCCCCUUUGCUGUAUAGCUGUGUAAUAUUCUGAUCACAGCCACUGGGCUGACCAUCCUUUCUUCUCAACAGUUUGUAGUGAACAGAAUGGCAAAUCAGCUCAGCUGCUUAUUUCUGUAAAACAUUAAUAUGUAAAUACUGUUGUUGUUAAAUAAACCCGAUAUAGAAUGUGACAA